AUGCUCUCUCGCUGUACCUUAGCUUCACUGUUUCUGUUGACAGGAAUUGCUCUGGAAGCCAACACCAUGCUGAGCUACCAAGAAGAUUGUGGAGAUCUCAAUAUCACACUUCCAUACCAAAAUGAUUUUGAGGUAGCAAAACUUUCUUCCACCCAUCUAAGUGAUUUAACAAUCUUGGACACUCCAAACAAGGUUACAGUCAUAGGUUGUGAAUACUCCUUUGAUUUUGUGAGAGGGACAAACAAGGCACCACCCAACAACAACACCAACAAUAGUCUGACUCAUGCAUCUUGUUCUAGUAGUAUUGGCUGUUGCAGUUCUUCCAUUCAGACCAUUCCCAGAGGCUUCAGGUCUUUCUUUACUAUGGAAGAAAUGAGCAUUACAGGAAACACCAAACCAUUUAGCAGUGAAGCAGAAAACCUUCUUAAACUUGGUACAGUGAGAAAACCGGAAGCUUAUGAUGGAAUUUCAAAGACAAGACGGGAAUUGUACCACAUUAAAAAUGGUAAAGAUUCCAUUCCAUACAUCUCAGUCUUUCCAGUAAAUCUGAUUCUUGGUCUUGGCUCUUGUUGCUCAAUUCUUUUGUUUGUGAUAUCUGGGGUUUAUUCGAGUGUGAAGAAUCUAAGGUUUAUUAAGCUCAAAACCAAUUUCUUCAAGAAAAAUGGGGGCAUAUUGCUAGAGCAGCAUAUUGCUUCACAUGGAGAUGGAAUGACAACAAUAUUUACAGCUGAGCAGCUAGAAAUGGCUACUAACUGUUACCAAAGAAUUUUACGCGAUAAAGUAGUGGAGGGCCAAGUCAGGAGUUUUAUAAAUGAGAUUAUUGCUCUUGCCCAAAUGAAUCAUGAGAAUUUGGUGAAUCACUCCAAUGGGAAAGUUACGUUGCCUUGGAAUAUCCUCCUAAAGAUAGCCUCAGAAUCUGCAGCUGCUCUUGCUUAUAUUCAUUCUUCUGCAGGAGUUCACUCAAAACACAUCAUCCAUGGCAAUGUCAAGUCUUCCAACAUAUUGUUAACUGAUAAUUUCACAGCCAAAGUCUCUGGUUUUUGGCCUUCGAGGUUAGUUCCUGCUAAUGAAUCUCAGAUGGGCACAUUGCUUCUAAGGACACUAGGUUAUAUGGACCCAGGGUAUCUUUGCAUAGGCCAACUGACAGAUAAGAGUGAUGUUUAUAGCUUCGGAGUCGUUUUGGUAGAGAUCUUAACCCGGGAAAAACCUAUUUCAUUUGACAGACCAGAAAGUCAAAGAAUCAUUGCUUCUCAUUUUGUUUCAUCCAUUGAAUUAAAAGAUGGUUUCUUUCAUGUUGUUGAUCCACAAGUUUUAAACGAGGGAAAUCGAGAACAAGUAAGAGCAGUUGCAGAGCUUGCAAAGUGA